UCUCUUAAUGCGAACUUUAAUCUUUGCUGAUUUUAUUGCCCCUGUCUUACUGCCUUACUGCCCCUCUGGGCUAAUAUUUAACACGCGCACAGAAAGAGAGAGAGAACACACACACACACACACACACACACAUCUGUCACCACUGGAUCCGUUUCUUAUUUACUAAACCCGCUCAGGAAGGAGCUCUGCGCGUGCGGGACCGGACUCGGGGAAUCUGACGCGUUACCGGGCAACGGCGGACCCUGAGCGUUACCUACCGCGCGACCGGAAAUGCACGUGGGGAAGAUUGUCCUCGGGGUUCUGGGUGCGGCGGUGUUGGUCACUGUGAUCGCCGUACCAACCGCUAUCUAUCUUAAUAGUGGGAAGAGCCAAGGAGUACCCAAGAAGACUUUUACCCUUAAUGACUACUUCAACAUCACCAUCAGGGCCAAAUCAUAUAACAUGCGCUGGAUCUCUGAUGAUGAGUUUCUACGCAGCACAGCAGAUGACUAUAUAUUUCUGUUUAACGCGUCUUCAGAGACGGGAGAGAAGUUUAUGGAUGAGACGCUUGACUCAUUUGGAGCCUUUGAUUACAUGGUGUCAGCGGAUCGCAAGUUUGUGUGUUUAAUGACCAACUACUCAAAGACUUGGAGACACUCAUAUACUGCAACUUAUUUAAUCUAUGACCGGGAGAGCAGGACGGUGCUCUCUACAGAUAUCCCACAUGAGGUCCAGUACCUCGCCUGGGCUCCGACUGGCCACAAACUGGCAUAUGUAUGGAAGAAUAAUGUGUAUAUGAAGUCCACUCCCUCUUCCCCGGCACAGCCAGUCACCAGUAACGGAGGUCUUUUGAUUAAGAAUGGUAUUCCUGACUGGGUGUAUGAGGAGGAGAUGUUUUCCACCAACCAUGCCAUGUGGUGGUCUCCAAACGGAAGGUUCUUGGCCUUCGCCGAGAUCAACGACACUGAUGUGCACGCCAUCGAGUACUCAUGGUACGGGCAGGGUCAGUACCCGGAAACGGUCAACAUCCCAUAUCCUAAGCCUGGGACCCCGAAUCCGACCGUCCGCCUCUUUGUGGUCAACGCCUCGAGUGUCUCCAAAACGAUAGAGAUGGUCGUGCCAAGUGCUCUCACUGCUCGAGAGCACUACCUGAGCACGGUCACGUGGGCCACGGACGAGAAACUCGCGGUCCAGUGGCAAAGCCGUACGCAGAGUCACGUCAUCCUGCAGGUGUACGAGCUCGAGGGGGAGACGUGGACCCAAACAACAACGAUAAACUUGGAGAGCAAGACAGGCUGGGUCGGACGAUUCUCUCCGAGCGACCCCGUGUUUAAACCCGACGGCUCCAGCUGUUACUACAUCACGAGCGACUCGAGCGGCUUCAAGCACAUCCAUCGCAUCAGUGGGACCACACUCACACCCAUCACAUCCGGACGAUGGGAGGUCACCGACAUCCUCAAAGUGACCAGGGACGCCAUAUUCUACGUGAGUAACGAACACAACAGCCAUCCAGGACAAAGAAAUGUUUACAAAAUCGCUAUAAACGGAGAGACUCAUUCCCCACCUGUCUGUCUCACCUGUACACUCAUGGAGGACAGGUGUAAAUAUAACUCCGCCUACUUCAGCAAAGACGCCACCUACUACCGUCUGAGUUGUUCAGGUCCCGGACUGCCUUUAUACACUUUAAGAGACAGUCGAGACGCUGGAUCAGAGAUCAGGGUUCUGGAGGACAAUAAAAUCCUGGAAUCGAUUCUCCAGAGCAUCGCGAUGCCCUCUGUGACACACGGCACACUAAAGAUCACCGGGUUCGACCUGUGGUACCAGUUGAUCCUUCCUCCAAAUUUUGACAAGUCCAAAAAAUACCCUCUGCUAAUUGACGUCUACGCCGGGCCGUGCAGUCAGAAGUCAGAUUUUCGUUUCCGGCUCAGCUGGUCUACGUACCUGGCCAGCACAGAGAACAUCAUCGUUGCCAGUUUCGAUGGCCGAGGAAGCGGAUACCAAGGGGACCGGAUCAUGCACUCUAUCUAUAAACGACUCGGCACUUAUGAAGUGGAGGACCAGAUCACCGCCGCUAAACAUUUCAUCAGUUUGGGCUUCGUCGAUAGUAAUCGAAUUGCGAUCUGGGGUUGGUCCUACGGCGGUUACGUCACCUCCAUGGUUCUAGGGUCGGGUAGUGGAGUGUUUAAGUGCGGCAUGGCCGUUGCCCCGGUUUCGAAGUGGAAGUAUUAUGAUUCCAUCUACACAGAGCGCUACAUGCUAACUCCGGAAGAAAACCCAGAUUUCUAUGAGAAUUCCACAGUGACGGGCCGAGCGAAGAAUUUCCACUCUGUUCAGUACCUGUUGGUGCACGGUACAGCCGAUGAUAAUGUUCACUUUCAGCAGGCAGCACAGAUCUCCAAAGCUCUCGUUAACCAAGAAGUGGAUUUUGAGUCCAUGUGGUACACGGAUGAGGAUCACAGUCUCGGAGGAUCAGCCAAUGCACACGUCUAUAGGCACAUGACUCAUUUCCUGAAGAACUGCUUCGCCUAAUGUGUGGCUGUAGACGUCACAUGACUCAGUUCCAGGAAAUGUUCCUCAAAUCGUUAAGAAAACCAGUUUUUUUUUCUUGACCUGCUGUUGACCUUCAAUAAAAAAAAAAAUCCACAAUAAACCAAGUUUAUAUUAUUUUAUUUUCAUCCAUCAUGAUAGCGAACAGUAAGUACACAAGCAGCAUGAAAAUGUUUGAGCCAAAGCCGACUUCAACAAUCAGGGGUAAUUAAGCAGCACUUAACCACAUGACCACACUGAUUACUGAUCAUUUUUUGCGUAGCAAAGGAUUGGAAGUGAAUAUUCUUUUACAGUAGGAUUAAUUUCAGUAUUGUUUUUGGGUAUUGGUAAUAAAUUUAAAGUAUUUUUAUACAGAUAAAAUAGAACAACAAUGGUUUGUACCUAAAAUGCUAGAUGCUAGAUAUCAUGCUAGUUCUUUUGUGUGGAUUUUUUAUGCUCACCGAGUUUUAUUUAAGUUAUUCUAAUUGUCAAACUUUGCGUGCCUGUUUUUUACGUCUGGUAAAUUUUAUACAGGGUUUUUAAAAAUAAAAUUUUAGUAGUCUUAAAUAAUUGCUUUUAAACUGAAAACUGCAUGGCAAUAAUUAGCUAAUUAGAUGUACAUAGGAUAACUUUUCCUAUGUAAAAAAUUUCAUAUUAAAUAAAUAUUCUAUGUUAAUUUGUUAUUCCGCUUAAUUUAUUUUAUGUUAAUUCAAUACAGUGCUCUAGGAUAAAUGUUUCAAUGUUCAUUUUUUCCUAUGCAAAUUCUGCUAUUUGAAUUUUCCUAUAUUAAAUGAUUUUCCUUUGUUUCUUGUUAAAACAUUUUCAAAAGAAUUUGAAUGCUCCAUUUUACAAGUUUAUAAGUAUUUAUAAUGAAUAUGACUGAGGGUUCCAAAGUGUAAUCCUGACUUAAAAGCUUUCUUCAUUUACCUAUUUAUCCAAAUUAACUUUCUAUAAACAGUUUGUUUAAGUGCCACAGACUUAUAUUUAACUUAAACCAGGAGAUUUUAAACACUGUGUAAUGAGGAUAUACAAUACUCAGUUAUUCCAUUUGUACAAUAAAAGUUUAUUUUUUAUUUUUGUAAAUGAAUGAAUGUGUAAUCACAGGCAAGUUAUUUACUGAACAUGCAAUAAACUUUUAAGUA